GCGGCCUCCCCGGGGCGUGGGGACCCCUGCCCCGACAGCUCCCCCGGACAGGCCAGCCAGGUCCUGCCCCUCGUCCUCAGGUGAGCCGGGAGCCCGAGGGCGACCUCGAAGCUGAGCAGCGUCCCUGGUCCAGGGUGAGGUUGGCAGAGGGUUGAAUGCUGACUCUUCCCAGGAGAUGGACAGAGUCACGAGGCACCUGGUCUUCCAGCUCCCGCAGACCUCGCACAAGCACGACUGUAACGAUGCUCACCAAGCCGGCUCGUUUGCAGAGCAGAGGGCCGACAGCGACGAUGACGUGUUUGGCUCUGCUCAACACAGCAGCCAGAGGGUGGAAAACGGCUAUGGCUGGAAAAUGAGGUCAAAGUCACCCUCAUAUUUCCUGGAUGGUGGAAAGGAUGUCUGGACCCCGUCGCCGGACAGAGAGUCCAAGCUGGAGGUGGUGAGGUCGGGAAGCCUGUAUGACCUCAGGGCUUACAGAGGCGAGAGGAAACCCUCGAAGCUUUACGAUGAGGAUGAGCAGGAACAGCUCAGGGUCCCUCCACCGAACAUCUCACCCGAGAAAGCCAGGGAGCUUGAGGACGAGAGGAGGGACAUCAUCCGGAGCCAGGUGGUGAGGAAGAGCUCCACCAUGGCCGAGAGGUGGAGCUCCACGGAUGAGCUGAGCUCCAUAAACACCGGCACAGGCAGCCAGGGUGAAGGCAGGCACACGGGCAGCUCCACCACCAGCUUCGCCAUUUGCUUUGACAAGCCUUCCUCGGGGAGGGCAGCGACGCCUGUUGACCCUGAAAAUGUCAACACGGAGCAGAUCAACUUCUCCGCUGCUCGACAGCAGUUCCUGAUGCUGGAGAAGACCAACCCGGGCUCUUUCUUCAGCCCAGGGCAACAGGCCAUGUCUCCAAAGCCAGAGUCGAUGACAAAAGUCUCUAGGCAUAGUCCUGAGAUGGCCACGAAGGCUGCAAGAGGUUACGGUAAUGCCGGUGCAUCCAGCCAGAGCAGGACGGACAAGACCAUUUAUCAGGUUUAUGGUGUGUCCUACAAGACACCUGUGAAGGAGGAGGGUUAUGCUCCCGGAAGGGCUGAUACUGAAAGGUCAUAUCCCACCGGGAAAACGUCCAGCUUGACUAAAGCAUCUUCCAGAGAGGACCUGGACUCCGGCUUGGGUGAGAUGUAUAAUGAAGCCAAUGCAGGCUACGCCAGCGACGGAAGUGCAUCCAACGAGAUCUUCAAUGGCCUUGUGGAUCUGAGGGCCAGCAGCAAUGGCCUGGACAAGGAGACGAAGAUCGACAAGGAGACGAAGAUCAGCAAUGAGACGCCCAUCGAGCGGGAGAUCCGCAUGGCGAUGGAGAGGGAGGAGAACCUCUGGAAGGAGAGGGGGAUCCAGCGGCUGACCUCCAGCAGCGAGCUGGUGGAGAUCCAGACCAAGCCUCUCCUCUCCAUGCACGCCUCUCCCGGCCCAGGCAGGAAAGGGAAGGACAAAGGCCGCGCUUCCCUUUAUGUCCAGAGGGAAAUUGAGCAGGAAACCAAGCGCGAGGAAGAUCUGAAGAAGCAGAGGAGGCUGCUGGGGACAUAUGAGAGGGGGACGCAGCAGGAGCUGGACGAGCACAGGAGGGUGUUCGAGCAGGAGGAAGCCCCCCCGCAGAAGCCCACCCCCACAAGGAAGGCAGAGGAGCGGAGGAGCUGGGUGAAUGAGUUUGCGGCAGAGCAGCCCACGAGCCACGGCCCCUGCCCCGCAGAAGACACCAGGGGUGGGAGAAGCCUUCCCAGCUACACAGCAAGCAUCACGCACUUCCAGGCGUCCCAGCCGCGCUUCGCUGCCAGCGAGAAGAGCCAGGACCAGCCCCUGGUGUCCCAGCACGUUUCCGCUAGCGCCAGCAAACAGGCGAGCGAGGAUUCCUGGGGAGGAAGGCUUCCCGGCUCCACCCCGAGCCCCGCCAGCACAUCUGUCCUGCCCAGAGAGUACUUCUCCUUCUCCUUCUGGAAGCCCAGGGUCUCCUUUGUGGAUGACAUGGGGACGCAGAACCCGCUAAGGAGAGAGGACAGCCGGGAGGAGCAGUACAAGCUGAGGACCUGGAAGCCCCAGACGUCAGCGCUGAUCGAGAAGGAGAUCCAGAGCGACUUGCAGAGGGAAGAGGAGCUGCAGGAGCAGCGGCGGCGGCGGCAGCUGAUAGACGGCUACUCCCUGGUCAGCAGCGACGGCGUUCCCCAGGAGGACUCCCGCUCACGGCACAGCUCCGGUUGUGGAAAGCACCCGAGUGAUUCGUCACAAGAGCGCCAUGGCCCAGCGCUGGGAGGCAGGGCAGUACGUCAGGGACGACGACUGAGGGAGCCCUCGGGGCCGGGGGGGGCCGGGGCCACCAGACUUCGCCAUGUACUUGCCCUGUUUGGGAUCAACUGACGCACGAUUGAAUUACCUGAUCAGUUCAGCUCCUGGUUAUCGCAAGAAUCAGAGACUUGUACACUGCAAAUUGCAUCCGUUUUUAAUAUAACAGAUGAUCCUUCCAAUGCAUUAGAUCUGCUCAUUCAUUCCCCCUUCCCUUUGAGGUGAGGUAAUACUUCUUUUUCCUUAGGAGGGGAAAAAUUGGAUCACUUUCUUUUAAUCACUUCUGCAAGGAGACAGCCAGAUGAAAUCAUACGGUAAUUUAACUUCUCAUUGGAAGCUGUGUCUCUGGCUUACAGAAAAGCUAUUUCAUUUCUAAGUGGUUUUAGGUUUUUAAGUACCACACCACCAGGCAUCACCUAGGAGGGUACCUAGACUGAUGCACACCUUUGGAUCAAUGUCAGCAUCAAACUGGGAAAUCAACGUUUCUGCUUAACUCGUGAUCUGCUGAGAUGCAGUAAUAUAAUACACACACAUAUAUAUAAAUGCUGUUUAUUUUGCUAAUUUAUUAAAGAGUCAUUGCUUUCCCUCA